UCCCGCUCCUCAGUUAGAGGCUGUGGCGGAGUAGAUGGAGCGCAAGCGAAUUGUUGCAGCAAACUCCUGGCAGUCCUAAGAAGUUCAUUUUGGUGUACCGUUUUCCUGCUGUGCUUGCAUCAUGGAAAAUCAGUUGGCUAAAUCAACUGAAGAACGAACAUUUCAGUACCAGGAUUCUCUUCCAUCUCUGCCUGUUCCUUCACUUGAAGAAUCAUUAAAAAAAUACCUUGAAUCAGUAAAGCCGUUUGCAAAUAAAGAAGAAUACAAAAGAACUAAAGAAAUUGUCCAAAAAUUUCAAGAUGGUAUUGGAAGAAAACUGCACCAGAAAUUACUUGAAAGGGCAAAAGGAAAAAGAAAUUGGCUGGAAGAAUGGUGGCUGAAUUUUGCCUAUCUGGAUGUUCGUUUACCAUCGCAACUGAAUGUCAAUUUUGCUGGUCCUGCACCUUAUAUUGAACACUACUGGCCUCCAAAGGAAGGCACUCAGUUGGAAAGAGGAAGUAUAAGUCUUUGGCAUAACUUGAACUACUGGCAGCUAUUAAGAAAAGAAAAAGUACCUGUUGAUAAAUCUGGAAAUAGUCCUCUAGAUAUGAAUCAAUGCCGAAUGCUGUUUUCCACCUGCAGGAUUCCAGGAAUUACUAGAGAUUCAAUUACGAGUUAUUUUAGGACUGAGAGUGAAGGACAUUCUCCAACUCACAUUGCAGUGCUUUGUCGAGGCCGAGUUUUUGUCUUUGAUGUAAUACAUGAAGGAUGUUUGAUCACCCCCCCCAGAGAUUUACAGGUUUUCAAACUACUUUCUUGAGUCUUGAGGCAGUUGACAUACAUUCACAAGAAGUGCCAUAGUGAACCUGAUGGACCUGGGAUAGCAGCAUUGACUAGUGAGGAGCGAACUCAAUGGGCUAAGGCACGAGAAUAUUUGAUUAGUCUUGAUCCAGAGAACUUGACUAUAUUAGAAAAAAUUCAGAGCAGUUUACUGGUAUAUACCAUAGAGGAUAGCAGUCCACAUGUAACACCAGAAGAUUAUUCUCAGGUAACCACAAUGACCCUUACAGGAGAUCCAACUGUACGCUGGGGAGACAAAUCUUAUAACUUGAUUUCCUUUUCCAAUGGAGUAUUUGGCUGUAGUUGUGAUCAUGCUCCUUUUGAUGCAAUGGCUAUGGUAAACAUCAGCCAUUAUGUUGAUGAGAAGAUUUUUGAGAAUGAAGGAAGAUGGAAGGGUUCAGAAAAAGUACGGGAUCUAUCACUUCCAGAGGAGCUUGUUUUCACUGUGGAUGAUAAAAUACUAAACGACAUUAAUCAAGCUAAAGCCCAAUAUCUCAAGCAGGCAUCUGAUCUGCAGGUUGUGGUGUAUGCCUUUACAUCUUUUGGCAAAAAGCUAACCAAGAAGAAGAUGCUUCACCCUGAUACAUUUAUUCAGCUUGGACUUCAGCUGGCCUAUUAUAGAUUUUAUGGACGCCCUGGCAGCUGCUAUGAGACUGCUAUGACAAGGUAUUUUUACCAUGGCCGAACAGAGACUAUGCGCACGUGUACAGUAGAAGCGCUCGGGUGGUGCCGGUCCAUGCAGGAUCCUUCUACUGGUCUUUUUGAGCGGCAGCAGAAGAUGUUACAAGCUUUUGCAAAACAUAAUAAAAUGAUGAAAGAUUUUUCAGCUGGAAAAGGAUUUGACCGUCAUCUUUUAGGUCUUUUACUCAUAGCAAAAGAGGAAGGUCUUCCUGUUCCAGAACUCUUUACAGACCCACUUUUCUCCAAAAGUGGAGGAGGUGGAAACUUUGUUCUCUCAACAAGUCUGAUUGGUUAUUUAAGAAUCCUGGGAAUGGUGGUUCCCAUGGUCCACAAUGGCUAUGGAUUUUUCUACCACAUCAGAGAUGACAGGUUUGUUGUGGCCUGUUCAGCCUGGAAAUCCUGUCCAGAGACUGAUGCGGAAAAGCUAGUUCUGCUGGUGUUUCAGGCUUUCCAUGAUAUGAUGCAGCUGAUGAACACUGCUCAUCUUUAGAGACUAAUCAUUUACUUAGCAUUUAUAAAAAUAUUAAACUGGGUGUGGAGAGUGGGUUGGUGAUGUGAGAUAUGAAGGAAUAUUUUAAGGAAACUUGUUAAAUGUAGAAAUUAGUAGAAUCAUGCUCUCUAAAUUUAUUCUCACAUAGGAAGAUAAAAAUAGGAUUUUUAAGCUUCCUCUGUUGCAGUAGCAAUGCAAAUUGAUAUAAUGAAAUAUGGAACUAUGCAAAAGUUGAAGAUAAGCCUCAACAAUGCAAAUCUACAAAUUUUAAUAAUGCAAGUCUUACUCUUAGAAGUAUUUUUGUUGGUUACCUAUAUAGGUUAUAAAUCCUCUCUCUGAACAUCAUUGUGUAGGGUCUGUCAAGCACUUUAACAUUUCCUAGUUGCCAAAGGGUAUGGAAUACAUGAUAAGAUGUUAACUUCACUGAAAUCCUUGCCUUCCACAUUCACCACAGGGAUACAAGCCUACUGUGUUUGAUGGGAAAGACCACUACAAUUUAAUGGUCAUCAAAAGUAGAGCUUCUGUUGGACAGAAGAAUUAGAGGGAGGUUUAUACUCUGAAGCACACACAGAAAAACCCUAACAAAAUUCAUUAUAGUAUAUUGAACUUAGUUUUGUGAAUAUAAAAUUAAAGCACUUAUUUUUAAAAUUAGAGUUGGUGACUUGAAGAAGAUUGCUGAAUCAAAUUCUCAGGAUUUUACAGGUUUUUUUCCUGCUGUUCAAAAUAGAAAAUAAAGUUCUCAGUCAUGUA